AGGUUUCUUAGACCUCCCUUUUCCACCGAAAGAAAAGAAAAAGGGGGGGAAAAAGAAUCUCCUGUAGCAGCCAUUGAAUUUAAGGGCACCCGGGACGCUGAGACCAAAGAAGCCAUAUUUGAUAUUCUCCAACACGAGCCCCUGAGCUGCAACCAGUGGCGAUUGAAGCCAGGUGGUCGCCAUAUUUUCGGAAGGCGCCUCCCGCGCCCUUCCACGGGGGGGUGGGGGGUCUCCGUCCUCAGGGCCAUGAACACAUCACGGGAUUUUACCGGUCCCCGUCAGAUCGCCCGCGUCCCUGGCCGCCAGUCCUGGACUUCGGUUCGCCUCGGCGGCAGCGUUCCCACGGCGAGGCUGGGCGGAGCCUGGCUCCCGGCAGCCCUUCCCGAGGACGGCGACCGCUGAGGCCGCGGGCAGGGGGCGGUGGUCCCGGGGACCCGGCGGCCGCCGCUCGGGGCCCCGAGCCCCGAUGGCGCCGCCUCCAGCCCCGCUCCUGGCGCUGGGACCCGGGCAGCUGCAGCCGGGUGGCAGGAAGUCCGGGGCCGUGAGCUUCGCGGACGUGGCCGUGUACUUCUCCCCCGAGGAGUGGGGGUGUCUGCGCCCCGCACAGAGGGCCCUGUACCGGGACGUGAUGCGGGAGACCUACGGCCACCUGGGCGCGCUCGGACUCCCUGGUCCCAAACCAGCCCUCAUUUCUUGGAUGGAAGGGGAGAGUGAGGCUUGGAACCCCGCCGCUCAGGAUCCUGAGGAGGGGGAAAACCUGGGAGGAGCUCUGCGAGAAGAUGCUCCAAACCAGAAGCAAGAAGAGCCCAAGGAAAGGUCAGAAGCCAAGGGACCUGGGAAGAGGAAGCCUAAACGGCUGGUUAAACACAAACCUGACUCGACUGCCAGGAAGGCCUCAGCCAGAGCACAGCCUGGGAAAGAUGCCCGAGACCAGGCAUCAGGUGCGCAAACCCCCGUGGUAGCGCCGGGGGUCGACGCUCAGCCCUGCCCGCGGCGCCAUGUGUGUACUGACUGUGGCCGCCGCUUUACCUACCCUUCGCUGCUGGUCAGCCAUCGACGCAUGCACUCGGGCGAGCGGCCUUUCCCCUGCCCGGAGUGCGGCAUGAGCUUCAAGAGGAAGUUCGCUGUGGAGGCACACCAGUGGAUCCACCGCUCCUGCUCCGGAGGCCGCCGGGGUCGUAGGCCAGGAAUCCGGGCUGUGCCUCGGGCCCCCGUCCGUGGGGAUCGAGAUCCCCCUGUGCUUUUCCGGCACUAUCCGGACAUCUUCGAAGAGUGUAGGAAGAGCGAGGGAGCCAGACUGGAGCUGGACUACCAAAUUCGCGCGCGGAGGGGCCCUCUCUUCCACGGGGCUCUCCUGAACCCGAACCCCGGCCGGAUGGGGGUGCAGCUCCGCCUCCGGCGCACCGAGGCGUCGUUGCCCACGGGCACGGAAGGGGUUCUCAGACUGGCACGUGUAGCCUCCGCGGCCAUUUUGGAUGAGGGCAGGAAGACAAAGCGACUCGCGGCCUGGGAGCGGCAACGCCCCGCGCACGAUUACCUAAGGGCAAAGUUCGGAGACGCCGCGUCGCCGCCAUCUUUAGGAAGGCAUCUUCCGGUUCUGAUGCUGUGUGACCCGCCCUCAGCUCUCAGUUUUCUUCCUCUCGUGGGCCCUCCAGAGGCGUCUUCCAGCCUCUCGGUCCUCACGCGAGGCCCUCGGGCCGGGCUGGGAGGGGUUCUCGGGUGCCGGGCGCCCCCCAGAACCACAGACUCGGGCCGGAGGUGCGGCGGCCGCCCGGUUCCCAUGGCGCCGCCUCUGGCUCCGAUCCCCACCCGACAGCCGAACGGAGCCGGUCCCGCGGGCAGGAAGUCCGGGGCCGUGAGCUUCGCGGACGUGGCCGUGUACUUCUCCCCCGAGGAGUGGGGGUGUCUGCGCCCCGCGCAGAGGGUCCUGUACCGGGACGUGAUGCGGGAGACCUACGGCCUCCUGCGCGCGCUCGGAAGCAGAGGCACCAAGCCGGCACUCAUCACCUGGGUAGAGGAAGAGGCUGAACUGUGGAGUUUGGAUGCCCAGGAUCCAGAGGUGGCCAGGGGUGUGGAGUUUGGGGACCAGGCUAAACCAGAGUCUGAAUGUACCUCCUAUGGCCUGGCAGAUUCCAGAAACAAGGAAGAGAAACGAGGAGGGGAUGUGAUGGAAGCGCUGCAAGAGACACUUUCUACCGACACUGGGCCACCUAGGAUGCAGGGUCUCGAACUCCCUUCUGCUGGGCUCCCUCAGGGCGCCAAAGCAUCUCACCGGGGUCGUCCCCCACUCCGUGCCCACCCCUCUGUCUCCCGAGCAGACCAGCGGCAUGGCUGUUAUGUGUGUGGCAAGAGUUUCGCCUGGCGCUCUACACUAGUGGAGCACCUCUAUACCCACACCGGAGAGAAGCCCUUCCACUGUCCUGACUGCAAAAAAGGCUUUGGCCGGACCUCCUCCCUGAGCAAGCACCGGGCCAUCCACCGAGGGGAUCGGCCCCACCGCUGCCCUGACUGUGGCCGAGCCUUCACACAGAGCUCCUCCCUCACCACGCACCUGCGGAUCCACACUGGUGAGAAGCCCUACUGCUGCGCUGAUUGUGGCCGUGGCUUCAGCCAGAACUCCUCCCUCCACAAGCACCAGCGGGUGCACAGCGGCUUGACCCCCUUCUCUUGUGCUGACUGCGGCCGAGCCUUCGGCCAAGCCUCGGACCUUAGGCGGCACAUGCGCACCCACACUGGGGAAAAGCCCUACCGGUGCCCAGACUGUGGCCGCUGCUUCCGCCAUAGCUCAGAAAUGUUAGCCCACAGGCGGCGGGCCCACACCGGCGAGCGCCCUUAUCCCUGCCCUCAGUGUGGCAGAUGCUUCAUCCAGAAGUCAGCCAUGACUAAGCAUCAGCGGGUCCACCGCCCUGGAGCUGGGACCCGCGGGAGCCGGGCAUCUAGUGGCUUCCCUAGGCUGCUGGCCGGCGACCUGGGAGACCUGGAUCCACCUGUAGGAUUCCAGCAUUACCCAGAUAUAUUCCAGGAAUGGGAAUCCGCCAAGGUUCCCGUGGAGCGGCCGCCGGAGCUGACCUGCAGCUUGGGAGGGGAGGGAGACACCGCCCCCGCUGGCGCCGGGAAGCGUCGCUCGUGCCCGCUGACCUUGGUCUCGCUUGUCGCCUCGCCCUUGGCCCCACGCACUGGCGGACACAGGGUCUGGGAGGUCAACAGACGCACCCUUGGGCAGAAGGAGACCCGGGUCACAGGCACGCAAAAACUGGCUCGGCCUUCCCCCCUCCCCGUGUGCACUGGGGCGCCGGGUCCCCUCCACCCCAGCGCCGGGGCCAUCCAGUCCAGGGUUAAUGCCAACGAGUUUCCACCUCCAUCCGCUCCUAGAGAGGCCGCGGCGCGAGCCAGCGGGGGGACCUGGCCUCGGACGGACACUUCCUGUGAGGGGGAGGGGGCCGGAGCGCCGCGGCCCAGCCCGAGGUUGGGGGGCGAGGCGGCGGGGUCUCGGGCCGGCAGCGGCGGCGAGGGCGGCGGGGCGAGUGCCGGCGAGUGGCGAGGGCUCCGAUCUCAAGGCGCCCAGGCCGGGUCGCAGGAUCGUCCGCCAUCGCCACCGCCGCUGCACCGGGAGCUGGCUGGGAUGGAGCGGGAGGAGUCGCCGUGGGGCCUCGAGCCUCGGGAUGUGCAAAGUCCUGACGAAAUGGGGAGCCCCGAAGGGUCCCUCAAAGGCAACACGAGUGAGAAUGAGGAAGAGGAAAUUUCUCAGCAAGAAGGCAAUGGGGACUAUGAAGUUGAAGAAAUACCUUUUGGCCUUGAACCCCAAAGCCCUGGGUUUGAGCCACAAAGCCCAGAAUUUGAAUCCCAAAGCCCCAGGUUUGAGCCUGAAAGCCCAGGAUUUGAGUCCCGAAGCCCUGGGUUUGUGCCCCCAAGCCCUGAGUUUGCACCCAGAAGCCCUGAAUCAGAUCCUCCGAGUCCUGAGUUUGAAUCCCAGAGCCCUAGGUAUGAACCCCAAAGCCCUGGCUGUGGUCCCAAGAGCCCUAGCUAUGAACCCAGGAGCCCUGAUUUUGAGUCCCAGAGCCCUGAAUUUGGUUCUCAAAGCCCCAGAUAUAAAUCUCAGAGUCUGGGAUAUGAAUCCCAGAACUCUGAAGAUGAACCUCAGAAUCCCAAGUUAAAAAUCCAAAACCCCGAGUUUGAAGCUCAGAGUUCUAAAUUCCAGGAAGGUACUGAGAUACUCGUGAAUCCUGAGGAAAAGAAUCCCUUAAGCAUCCCCCUAGGAGUUCACCCCCUGGACUCCUUUACUCAGGAGUUUGGGGAGCAGCCCACAGGAGCUCUGUCCCUAGGACCACCUUUUGAGAUGCCUACAGGGGCGCUGUUGUCAACACCCCAGUUCGAGAUGCUCCAGACCCCCCUGGGUCUGACAGGGACCCUCGGGGGCCCAGGGAAGCGGGGUGGUCGGUCCAGGGGUGGGCAGGGCCCUCGGCCUAAUAUCUGCGGUAUCUGCGGGAAGAGCUUUGGCCGGGGCUCCACGCUGAUCCAGCACCAGCGCAUCCACACGGGUGAGAAGCCCUAUAAGUGUGAGGUGUGCAGCAAGGCCUUCUCCCAGAGCUCCGACCUCAUCAAACACCAGCGCACACACACCGGCGAGCGGCCCUACAAGUGUCCCCGCUGCGGCAAGGCCUUCGCCGACAGCUCUUACCUGCUCCGACACCAGCGCACCCACUCUGGCCAGAAGCCCUACAAGUGCCCGCACUGUGGCAAGGCCUUUGGCGACAGCUCCUACCUCCUGCGGCACCAGCGCACGCACAGCCACGAGCGGCCCUACAGCUGCCCCGAGUGCGGCAAGUGCUACAGCCAGAACUCGUCCCUGCGAAGCCACCAGCGGGUGCACACCGGGCAGCGGCCCUUCAGCUGUGGCAUCUGCGGCAAGAGCUUCUCGCAGCGCUCGGCCCUCAUCCCCCACGCCCGCAGCCACGCCCGCGAGAAGCCGUUCAAGUGCCCCGAGUGCGGCAAGCGCUUUGGCCAGAGCUCCGUGCUGGCCAUCCACGCCCGCACCCACCUGCCCGGCCGCACCUACAGCUGCCCCGACUGCGGCAAGACCUUCAACCGCUCGUCCACGCUCAUCCAGCACCAGCGAUCCCACACGGGCGAGCGGCCCUACCGCUGCGCCGUGUGCGGCAAGGGCUUCUGCCGCUCGUCCACGCUGCUGCAGCACCACCGCGUGCACAGUGGCGAGCGGCCCUACAAGUGCGACGACUGCGGCAAGGCCUUCUCGCAGAGCUCCGACCUCAUCCGCCACCAGCGGACCCACGCGGCCGGCCGGCGCUGACGGCGCCCCGGCCAGGGCCAGGACGAGCGUCCCGGAAGAACGGGACACACACGGGCGAUGAAAAGGGCUGGAGGGCGGCCCUGGGGGAGACCCAGAAAGGGCUAGUGGAGAGCGGGCUGGGCCGCCGUGGGCAGCCCCACUCCUCGCUCAAGUGCUGGGGGGAGGGAGGGGAGGGGAGGCUUCCUUAGAGUUGGGUAGCUUAGAUGGGUAGCUGCUGAGACCCUGGUGGCGUCCGGAAGGGGUAGAAGGGUAGGAAGGGUGGGGAGCGGGGCCCGGGCCUCAGUGCCAAACCCCAGCCUGCCUUGUCCUCUCGGGCUUGGGAGCCCCUGCGUUUGAGUUCAAUAAACACUUUCAUGUGGUGAAAGAGACUUGUCCUUAGAAUGUGUGUGCGCAC